AUGUACAUCACUCUCUACUACAUAGUCACUCGCCUCCCUGACUCCCUUCGCGUAGUCAGGGACCACUUCCUCUCAGUCUGUCCCACCACUCUCACUGUUGACCUCCUUGAGAAGUCCCUCCUAGCGCCCGAGAAGAGCAUAGUCGCUGUAGGGGCCUCUCGUGGUGACCCGCGCACCCCCAUCUUUGAGGGGUGUUCCCCCUCCCCACUUCUGCCCUCUAUUGCCUCUACUGCUGCGGCCGACCUCCUUGGGGCACUAGAGGGGCGAGCAGGGGCGGUGGAGGUGGAGGUGGAGGCGGCGGGGGGAGUGGGGGUGGCGAUGGGAGUGGUGGUGGGGGUGGAGGUGUCGGUGGCGGCUGCGGAGGCGGAGGCGGCGGCGGCGGCGAUGGCGGUGGGAGCGGAGGUGGCGGAGGUGGCGGCGGUGGAGGAGGCGGCGGAGGCGGCGGUAGUAGCGGAGGCGGCGGAGGCGGCGGAGGCGGCGGGGGUGGCGGUGGAGCUGGUUGCGGGUCUACGUAGAGGAGUGGCUCCGGUGCGGGGUGGGGGUUUUGGUCCGUGCACCUACGUUUUGCGCACCGGCGACCGUGCGGGUGAGCAGUGUGGGGGUGCGCACCCCACCCAGCGCUGCUUUGGCCGCCUGACGGACGCGUGGCGUCACCAGUUCCCGGAGGCCACAGAGAUCCCUCGCUGGGGCGAGCUGUCUAGGGCGGGUGUUGCCAUCUAUGAUCUUGAUUUUGAUGCGAUUCUUUCUGCCAUGUAUGCUGUGUCUAUUAGUGAUGAGGGUGACUGUUACCGGUGCUCCCCGCCCGAUCCGGGCAUUGAGACUGCUGCUCCAGAUAUUGGUGAGGCGGCUGCCCUAGGUGCUUGCGACGCUGCUUCUCUAGGUGCUAGUGCGUCUGCGUCCUCAGGUACUGGUGAGUCUGCGCUCUCAGGUACUACGUCGGCUUCGGCCUCCCUCACCUUCACCCAUAACUCUGGGGCUUCUCGCUCCUUCAUUCGGGACCGCACCACACUCACGCCGCUUAGUCGGCCGGUUGCGGUGUCUCUCGCUGACCCCUCUGGGGGUCCUGUCCUGUCUCACUUCUCCACAGUCCUCCCGUGUCCGCUGGCUCCCUCUGGCACCCUGUCUGGUCUCUACCUCCCCUUGUUCUCUACGAACCGGGUGAGUGGUGCUGACCUACAGGAUGGGGGAGUACACCAGUUCACUCCUACGCAUCAGCGGGUGACGCACUGCACAGUGGCUAGCACAGGCCGACACCUGGCUACGUUUACCCUUCAACCGGGGUCGAGCCUGUACACACUGACCUCUGCGUCUCCUCCAGUUGUUGAGUCUGGUAGGGUCGCUGCAUCGGGUCAGGUGUUUACUGCAGCGUCCAGGUCUGGUACUGAGUCCGCCCCCUGCUCGUGUCGUCUCCUGUCUCACGAGACUCUCCUCUGGCACCACCUCCUUGGUCACCCCUCUCUGCUUCGGCUCAGAGGCAUGGCCUCCCGUCUUCUUGUUUCUGGUCUCCCUCGGUCCCUCCCUCCCCUUCCUCAGGGCCCUGGCCCUACCUGUGUCCCCUGUGUUGAGGGGCGCCAGCGGGCUGCCCCUCACUCCUCCCAGUUUCCUCCGACAGAGGCCCCGUUGCAGACGCUUCACAUGGACGUGUGGGGCCCAGCCCGCGUCCGUGGACAGGGUCACGAGCGCUACUUCCUGCUCGUUGUUGACGACUACUCGCGUUACACCGCAGUCUUCCCCUUGCGCAGCAAGGGUGAUGUCACAAAGACCUUCACGCUUCCGGACUCCCCGCAGCAAAAUGGGAUUGCUGAGCGCCGCAUUGGCAUGGUCAUGGACGUCGCUCGUACGUCUAUGAUGCAUGCGGCUGCUCCCCAUUUUCUGUGGCUGUUUGCGGUGAGGUACGCGGCGCAUAAGAUCAACCUACACCCCAGGGUCUCCAGGCCGGAGACCUCCCCAGACUUGCUGUGGACGGGGAAGGUUGGCGAUGCGUCGGCGUUCCGGGUCUGGGGAUCUCGGGCGUUUGUCCGUGACUUGUCUGCGGACAAGCUGUCCCCUCGUGCUGCUCCUUGCGUCUUCCUGGGGUUCCCCCCUGACGCGCAUGGGUGGCAGUUCUACCACCCCACCUCUCGCCGUGUUCUAUCCUCCCAGGACAUCACGUUUGACGAGUCGGUCCCCUACUACCGCCUCUUCCCCUACCGCACUCCGUCCCUCCCCCCGCUGCCGCUUUUCGUUGUACCAGGUCCCCCUCCGGUAGACCCCCUCCUCCCUCAGGGUCCGUCCCCUUCAGGUGUGUCCCAGGUAGACGGAGUCGAGCGUGUCAAGGUCAAUAGUGACUCUGGUGCUGCUGAGGGUGCUGAGCUUGGGGGUGCUGACUCUGGGGGUGCUGAGCCUGGGGGUGCUGCGACUGGGGGUGCUGAGCCUGGGGGUGCUGAGCGUGGGGGUGCUGAGCCUCGGUUCUCCGGGUGCUUCGUCUCUGCGGGAGCCACUCUCUCCACAGGAGCUGCGAAAGUGGUUUGCCCGGCGCUGAGGCGUGCUGCUGGUGCUGGAGGUUCUUCGGCUACUGAGGGUGCUGCUGUCGCGGGUCGCGGAGGUGCUCGUACUGGGAGUACUGGAGUUGCUGGGCUUGCGGGUUCUACUGGAGCUGGUGCUGCUGAGGGUGUUGGAGCUAAGACUACUGCUGGCGGUCCUGCUGCGCGUACUCCUGGUACUGCUGGAGGUUCUGGCGCUGCUGGAGGUGCAGCUGGAGCGGGUGCUCCUUCUGGGGGUACUAGUGCUGUACCUACUGUGUUUGGCGUCGUCGCGCGGCCUCGAUCGUACUUCGUUCCACUCCUGCAGCAGGUUCUUGGUCUUCCGCCUUCUACUGGUCCUCCUCCUUCUUUAGAGUGUCCACAGCCAGUCCCGUCACAGUUACAGUUGCAGCCUACCUCCCCUUUGCCUGCUCCUUCUCCCUACACUGGUCCUACUGGAGGUCUUUUUGAGCGUGGUGAGCCAGCGUCUCGCCCUGCGUCUCGUGUCCGUGCUGCUCGCGCUAGUGGUCGUGGUUCGCGUCUGCGUCCUCCUCUUGUCCCUGGCACGCACAGGAUGUCUCUGCGUCUGUCCACUGCUCCUCUGCGUGCCCCUUUACCUUCUCCUCCUGAGUCCUCUCUUCCUGCUUUUGCCGACCCGGAGUCGGACUCUCUUCGUGCUUCCAGUCCUACUGUCACGCGUCUCCUGGCUACUGUCGUCACUGACCCUUCUUUCGAGUCCACUGCUGCGUCUGCCCUAGUUGCUGAGCUCGUCGACUUUGCUGCUCGCUCUCGCCUAGACUACGCUGCUAGUCUUGUCGCGGAGUCUGAGUCUGUCUGUCCUCCGUCCGUCGGGGGUGAGUGUGCCCUUGGCACGGACGUCCUUGAGGACAGGCAGGAGGAGUUCCAGUGCUUGGCCGCUGCUUCACCUCAUCUCAUGUCCGUACUGCUUACCCCUGAGGGAGACCCGGAUGCACUUGACAUCCCGACUCCACGCUCUUACGCGGAGGCGAUAGAGGGUCCCUACUCUUCUCAGUGGCAUGCAGCUAUGGAUGCAGAGAUGGCUUCCUGGAAGUCCACAGGCACCUACGUUGACGCUGUCCCCCCUCCUGGGGCGAACAUCGUCAGUGGCAUGUGGAUCUUCAGGGUGAAGCGGUCGCCGGGUUCUCCGCCUGUCUUCAAGGCGCGUUACGUGGCUCGUGGCUUCAGUCAGCGGCAGGGAGUUGACUACUUUCAGACCUUCUCUCCCACGCCGAAGAUGACCACUCUUCGGGUACUACUGCACGUUGCUGCUCACCGUGACUACGAGAUGCACUCUCUCGACUUCAGCACAGCUUUCUUGCAGGGCAGCCUGCACGAGGAGAUAUGGCUGCGCCGCCCACCUGGCUUCACUUGGUCUUUCCUUCCUGGUACCCAGUGGAGUCUCCGGCAUCCAGUCUACGGUCUCCGCCAGGCGCCACAUGAGUGGCACGACACACUGAGGACUACGCUUGCAGCUCUUGGCUUUGCUCAUUCUACUGCCGACCCGUCGCUGUUUCUACGCACCGACACUUCUCUGCCGCCGAUCUACAUCCUCGUGUACGUCGACGACUUGGUCUUUGCCACAGCUGACACUGCUGGACUCGCCUACGUGAAGUCUGAGCUACAGAAGAGACACACGUGCACAGACCUGGGUGAACUGCGCAACUACCUUGGCUUGCAAAUCACCCAGGAGAGAGCACACCGCACCAUUACCCUGACUCAGUCACACAUGGUGCAGCAGGUCCUUCAGCGCUUCGGCUUCACGUACUUCUUGCCUCAGGCCACUCCUCUGCAUACUCGCCACUCGCUCUCAGCUCUGCCUUCGGAUGAGUCCGUAGAGUCGAGUGGCCCGUAUCCAGAGCUUGUUGGCUGCCUCAUGUACCUGAUGACCUGCACACGACCUGACCUUGCAUACCCUCUUAGCAUUCUCGCACGCUAUGUUGCUCCUGGGAGACACAGACCAGAGCACAUGGCUGCAGCGAAGAGGGUGUUGCGCUACUUGUGCAGUACGUCGGGCAUGGGGCUAGUGCUUGGAGGGCGGAGUCCAGUGGUCCUCACUGGGCACGCUGACGCUUCUUGGGCUGACGACGAGGCUACGCAGCGGUCGUCACAGGGUUACACCUUCAGCCUUGGUUCCGGCUCUGUUUCGUGGCGGGCUACUCGCUCGUCUUCUGUUCUCGGCUCCAGUUGUGAGGCUGAGAUCUACACCGGGGCCAUGGCUGCACAGGAGCUUCGCUGGCUCACCUACCUGCUGACCGGCCUUGGAGAGUCGCCUCGUUCUCCUCCAGUCCUGUACGUAGACAACAAGGCCAUGCUGGCCUUGUGUCGAGAGUAG